CACUUCCAUACGACGAUUUACAAUGACGUUGCCUCUGAGAAGUUUGAAUUCAUUAGAGAGAUUGAUUGGAAUCUCCGCGAUAGCCCUGAACUCGAUAUCUUCGGCCCAAAUAUGACCUGCAACAGGAUAAACGCGAACCCUUUUACAGAACAAGGAACUAAGGUCUUAGAGGUUACAGCCGGAUUAACUAUUACUAAGGCUCCUUCUAGGAUAAAGGUUAAGGAAUUUAAAGGUCUAGAGAAGAACCGUAUAUCAAUCAAGAUCCCUGAAUAUAUUGCCGAUAGAGAGUAUCUACUUCAGCUCGAGUAUAUCAUACUUUAUAAUACUUUACAGGAUAAUAGAGCC